UCGUUCCUGAGAAAAGAGAAGAUGAUGAGUGAUGCAAGUGACAUGCUCGCUGCGGCGCUGGAGCAGAUGGAUGGCAUUAUAGCAGGUUCGAAGGCUCUGGAGUACUCCAAUGGCAUCUUUGACUGCCAGUCCCCCACCUCCCCCUUCAUGGGGGGCCUGCGGGCGCUGCACCUGGUGGAGGACUUGCGGGGCUUGCUGGAGAUGAUGGAAGCAGAUGAGAGAGAGGGGCUGCGCUGCCAGAUCCCAGACUCAACGGCAGAGGCUCUGAUCGAAUGGCUCCAAAGUCAAAUGACUAAUGGACACAUAUCUGGAAAUGGAGAUGUGUAUCAAGAAAGGCUGGCGCGUCUGGAAAAUGAUAAGGAAUCUCUUGUUCUGCAAGUAAGUGUGCUUACAGACCAGGUGGAGGCCCAAGGAGAAAAGAUUCGGGAUCUGGAGUUCUGUCUAGAGGAACACAGGGAGAAGCUAAAUGCCACGGAAGAGAUGCUGCAACAGGAGCUUUUAAGCAGAACAUCCCUGGAAACUCAGAAGCUGGAUCUUAUGGCAGAGAUUUCUACUCUGAAGUUAAAGCUUACAUCUGUAGAGAAGGACAGAUUGGACUAUGAGGACAGAUUCAGAGACACAGAGGAUCUGAUCCAGGAAAUAAAUGAGUUGCGGUUGAGAGUGGGAGAAAUGGACAAUGAAAGACUCCAGUAUGAGAAAAAACUGAAAACAACCAAAGAUGAGCUGGCAGCUUUGAAAGACAAACUAGAGCAGAAGGAAGCCGAGGUUAAAAGGUUGCAAGAAAAAUUGGUUUGCAAGCUGAAAGGAGAAGGACUUGAAAUACUGGACAGAGAUGAAAAUUGUAGAAAGAAGCUCAAAGAUAAAAAUAUAGAGGUGCAGAAGAUGAAGAAGGCUGUAGAAUCUCUAAUGGCAGCAAAUGAAGAAAAGAAGAUAGAAGAGCUUCGGCAAUCUCUGAAUAGGUACAAGAAAGUUCAAGACAUGGUGAUAUUGGCUCAAGGUAAAAAAGGCAAGGAAAGCGACGGUGAAGACUUCUUGAAUUCAGGGUCCGUUUCCACAGUUUUAUUGGACACGCCAAGUCUGACUGACCCAGAGAAAAGUCCGUCCCCAACCCCAGUAACAGUAUCUCCAGUCCACGAUGAGUUUAACAUGAAUGUUCACGAAGAGAUCCACACCAGUAUUUUACAGAUUUCAAUCCCUUCUUUUUCAUCAACAUGCAAGAGCCCAGAAACUGUUGCAGAGAAAGUGAAAACACAGCCUAGGCCAGAUCCUGCAAGUGAAAUGAGUGAAGGAAGAUCAACAGGUUCCUCCCCAGAAACCCAGCUGUGUGAUAGUCCAGUAACUACUUCACUGCAAAAGUCCAGCAGUCUGAGCAGUUUGAGGAAAGAGGCAUCCGAAGCGGACAGAGACUCUGCACAGAAGCCAACAGAGGUUAAACCUCCUGUGGAAGUUAAUAAUUUUGCAACCCUCCCUCCGAAAUCUCCUUCUCAUGGUGGCGCAGGUGAUGAGGAUAGUUUUGGUACCCGUAAAGCCAGAUCUUCGUUUGGACGAGGCUUUUUCAAGAUAAAAAAUAACAAGAGGACUGCGAGUGCCCCCAAUCUGGAUCGCAGUCGAAGUGCAAGUGCACCUACUUUAGCUGAAACGGAGAAGGGAUCUGCAGAUCACUUGGAUCUGGCUGGCUUGCCCCCUCGCCCAAAAGAAACGGAUAGUCUACAGAUGACUCCACCUUCUCCAGAUUCCAAGAAAAAGGCCAGAGGGAUCAAGAAGUUAUUUGGAAAGCUUAAAAGAAGUCAGUCUACCACCUUCAACCCAGAUGAUAUGUCCGAGACGGAGUUCAAAAGAGGAGGGACAAGAGCAACAGCGGGGCCACGACUGGGCUGGUCUCGAGACCUGGGGCAGUCUCACAAUGAGCUGGACAUGCCAUUCGCAAAGUGGACAAAGGAGCAGGUUUGCAACUGGCUCCAGGACCAAGGGCUGGGCUCUUACAUAAGCAAUGGCAAACACUGGAUACUGUCUGGGCAAACACUUCUGCAGGCUUCUCAGCAGGAUCUGGAAAAGGAGCUUGGGAUAAAACACCCAUUGCAUCGGAAGAAGCUUCAGCUUGCUCUGCAGGCACUUGGGUCUGAAGAGGAAAACAAUCAUGGAAAACUGGAUUACCACUGGGUCACCAGGUGGCUGGAUGACAUUGGCCUCCCCCAGUAUAAGACCCAGUUUGAUGAAGGGAAGGUGGAUGGCCGUAUGCUCCAUUACAUGAGUGUG